UGUUCGCGACGCGACGUGCUACCGUGCGACUACCCGUCGUACUCCCGUGUUUUUCCCGAUUUUUCGCGCCUCUGCCGAGUGACCGUCUGCGUUUCGUACGCGUCAAUGCCCACCAUCUGCGUCCGACCGGUGACGGCGCGUCCGCGCGCCUCCCGCUGAUUGUGAAAGCCCCAAAAACCGAGGCGUAUCUCCCCGCGUUGCUCCACGCACGUACCACGCACGCACGUACGCAUAUACGUAACACACGUACACACACACACAUAUAUACAUAUACACAUACGCGUACGGGUGGUGUACGGUGUGCUCGUGCCGUUGGUGUUCGACAGGAGAGGAGGCAUGGAGUGUGUUCAGUGCGCCCGUUUCAAAUCGUCACGGGCCGUUACCUCAGCCCCGUACGCAGCAAGGUCGCAGCGUAAGCCCGAGACUGAUGUCGCGAUCGACGAUGACUGUACGAGCGUGUGAAGUAACGAAAUGGCGAGGAUGAGCAACCUUUGCUCCCCGAGCGUCGGUAUCGAGUCGAUCCCUCGCAGGAAGCCCGCGAUAACCCGAGGAGGGAGGAAGUAUAAGCGCGGGCUGCCAGAUGCACUGAGGAUCCUUCGGCAGGAAGCAGAAGUCGGCGGGCAGAAAGAGGCGUCAUUAUAAGGUCGACGUGCAACAACGAAACAUUAAAGACGAUGGACGAGAUACGCGGCUCGUCAUCAGGUCGCCGUCUCUCGCAAAUUCUCGAUCCGAUCACGCGGCUCGCCAGCGAUUUCGGCUCCAACUCGGCGCCGUGCAGUCCACGACUGGGUGCGCGCGUGCAAGAUUCUAGCGGCGGGCCUGCCGCUGCCGGUCAGUCGGGCCCAAUCGGCGCCGCAGGUCCAGCCACUGUCGCCGCCGGUGUUUCAUCGUCGUCUCGAGCUGGUCCAAGUGGCGCCGGGACGGCUGGCAGCUCCAAUUCCGGACCCGAUAGCCCGCGAUUAUGGCCAAGACAAUUUCGACAAGCUCCAACGCCUCCACCACGGCCUAGGCAUGCCGGUGCCGCCGCCACCACCGUCAUCAACACCGCCAGUACCUCCACUAGUGUCUCCACGAAUGUCAAUAACAACAAUAACAACAAUAAUGCGGGUAGCAGCGUCGACGGCGGCGCGCCGCUGUCGGUGAUACAUGCGAGAGACUCGCCCUACGUCAACGUGUCGAAUCUGUUCUUCCACAGGGAUAAGAGCUUCGCCGAGAGUGCCAGAAGUGCCGGCUACAUCGAACUUCGUGAAAAGCCCAAAUGUAGCCCGUACGACUUCACGUCCGAGUCGAGCGGCCACGUGGAGUAUGCGGAUAAAAGAACGUUCGUCACUCCAGUUCAGUCCGACCUGGCCUAUGAUGUCGGAAAGGAACCAGGUAGUCCCCUCUGUCGAGGAAGGUUGAAUUACGAUCCGGGGCCUUCCAGCGGUAGAAGCCACUUCGACAGGGCGUUCUCGUUUUCCGGCAGGCAACCGUCUGAGCAACUACCGGCAUCACGGAUAUACGAGGCGGGCAGAUUGUUUGUUGAUUCGAGAGCUACUGGUGGUAACGUCGACCUGAAGAGGGAAAAGCUGGACGUCAGGCCCACUUAUAGCACGUCCAAGAGCUUCGACGGGUAUACGACGACAGUGGAGGAGCUCAAUUGGCAGGAGAGAUGUUUGGAGUUACAGCUGGAGUUGCACAGAAGUAGGAGUCAAGCGACCAGGGUGAGGGAUAUGCUUCGAGAAAAGCUCUCAGAGCUCGAACAGCGGGUGUUAGAGGCAGAGGGCAGGGCGGACGAAGCUGAAGACAAGGUACGGAUGAUGGAGGAGCGGCUAGUGAAGGGUGAAUACUGCCUCAGCACAUCCGGCGUUGGUUCUCCGCCGCAUUCGCUGCCGUCGACCUCCGGUACGCAGAAUGACAAGAUCGAGGAGGUUCAUUGUGCCUGUAUUUCGAAGCUAGAAACUCAAGUCGAGGAACAGAGGCAACUACGGCUACAUGACGCCAGGCAAGUGGAAGCGAAAGCAGCGAGGAUAAAAGAAUGGGUCACUAAUAAAUUGAGGGAACUGGAACAACAAAAUCAACAUCUGAGGGAACAGAACAACAAGUGUAACCAGCAACUCGAAUUAUUACGCAAUCAUAUAACUAAUAUCGGACUCAAACCUCCCGCACCGACGAGAGCGUCAUUGUCUUUGGAAGUGGAUCCCACCUUGCGUAUCGAUCGUAGACGAUCGGAGAGCCUAGAGGGUACCCCGCAGACGGCACCGGAGUGCGUGCAAAAUAUUGUGGCGGAACCGCAAACGAGCACAAAGCAUCGGAGACAUUUGUCCGCUUGUGGCAACAUUCAACGAGGAAUCGCGACCGCCAACAUGGACUCGAGUCUACUGUCGGAGGAGUUAGCCGCAGCGGUGGAGAAUCUGGUGAUGUUGCCAAAUAUGUCUGGUGUUUCGGAGGUCAGCCGAGACAGUGGAAGCUCGGAAGCGGUGCACGACUAUGCUGAGAUAUAUACACCCAGUCGGGAGGGCAUGAAUUGGCUGCAAGGAGGCGGACAAGGUCCUCGUCCGCCGACUCCGCCGUUACAUAGGUUUCCUAGCUGGGAGGCGAAAAUAUAUCAAGUAGCGGAUGGUGGCCUUGGCAUCGGUCCACCAACAAACGAGGAAUCCGCACCCUCCACAAUGACCACCACGACGAGUUCGUCGAAGCAUUCUCAGGCCACAGGACACAACUUGACAGCGCACAACUCUCAAGGCUACUGCGAUAUUUCUGUUCCAGUAUACGCUACUGUCAAAGGACGUGCCAGUCAAAUCAGAUCUAUGCCUUUCGGCGAUAGCUCUGAUGAUAGUUCGGACGGCGAGGAACAUCCGAAUCAAACCGAAACUAAUACUAGAAUUACCAAUAGCUCGUCCGAUAAUACAGAUUCCUCCCUCGGUAGCGGAAGCAGUCCCUCAAAAAGUAUUAAAACAACCAGUAGCCUCAGUCCCGCAAAAAGAAGCUCUAGCGGAUCUCCCAGUAAAAGCGUAAAACGUGAUACUUCUCUCGAGUCAGGUUUAUCCGAGGAUUAUGCAAUACCUCCCGAUGCACUAAGUUCGACAUCUCUAGAAUCUAGUAUGCCUAGCCUUCUAAUGCGCGUUUCUGGCGAAAGUCCAAAGAGACAGGAAUCGCUGGAAAAAACAGGUCAUCUGGCGAAAUUAGGCGGCAAGUUAAAAACUUGGCGGAAGCGAUGGUUCGUACUGAAAAACGGUGUAUUAACAUAUUGGAAGAGUCAAAAUGAUGUCAAUCGGAAACCUCAAGGCCAAAUAAUCUUGGACGAAGUGUGCAGGAUCAAUAGAGCUGAAGGAGCUGCCACUUUUGAAAUAGCUACUGGUAAGAAGACCUAUUACUUGACUGCAGACUGCAUCGCCACAAUGGAAGACUGGAUAAGAGUACUGCAGAACGUGCAGAGGCGAAACGCAACAAAACUCUUGCUCAGCAGGGAAGAUAAUAAACCAACGAUACAGGGUUGGUUGACGAAGGUGAAAAACGGCCACGCGAAAAAGUGUUGGUGUGUGCUCAUCGGCAAGAUGUUUCUUUACUUUAAGUGCCCCAGUGAUACAAAUCCUAUUGGCCAAAUCAAUAUGAGAGAUGCUCGAGUGGAGGAGGUGGAACAUGUUUCGGAUAGCGAUAGCGAGGAGAGAGACGCCGAGUGCCCACACGAAAGAACAAUUGGCAUCUUUCCGACCCAUCAGGGUCCAACCUAUUUAUUGAUGCCACAUAAACAGGACAAGGACAAUUGGCUUUACCACUUGACAGUGGUGUCAGGUGGUGGUCCGAGCGCGGGCACACAAUACGAACAACUGGUACAAAGACUAAUGGAAACUGAUGGUGAUCCUAGCUGUGUGCUAUGGCGGCAUCCCCUACUGCUACACACGAAGGAGAGCAUCACGAGCCCGCUGACAAGCUUGACCUCCGAAACUUUGCAAACCGAAGCCAUAAAACUCUUUAAGGCCUGUCAGCUGUUUAUGUCGGUGGCAGUAGAACAAGCAGGUAUCGACUACCAUGUGGUUCUAGCGCAAAACGCAUUACAACAAUGCCUAGACCAGCCUGAACUUCAAUCUGAAUUUAUAUGCGCACUGGUAAAGCAGACAAGUCGUCACACCCAACACCGUUUGGGCGUACAGCAGCUCCUUCUCUGCGCCACGCAAUCGCUCUUCACCUGCGAUACGCAAAGUCCCGCGGCAAAUGGCAGCGGUGAAAAUGCGGACGCGCAAUCAACGGCCUCGACUUCUCACAGUCCUCCGCUCACGCAGGGCCACUCGACCUCCACUAUCUUGGACUGCAAAACUAAUCCCGCGCAGUAUGUGCUUAUCCAGGGAUGGCAGCUCUUGGCGCUUGCCGUUUCCCUCUUCCUGCCCAAAAAUAAUCGGCUACUAUGGUACCUGAAACUGCAUCUGCAGAGAAAUGCCGACAGCAAAACGGAAUGCGGUAAAUAUGCGGCUUAUUGUGAAAGAGCCUUAGAGAGGACAUUGCAAAACGGUAGUAGAGAAGUAAAACCGUCGAGGAUGGAAGUACUUUCAAUACUUAUGAAAAAUCCAUACCAUCAUUCAUUACCGCAUGCCAUACCAGUUCAUUUUCUGAAUGGCACCUAUCAGGUUGUGAGUUUUGAUGGCAGUACUACGAUAGAGGAAUUUCUGAAUACUCUCAAUCAAGAAAUCGGCUGUAGGGACGUUCAUCAAUCCGGUUUCACGCUAUUUAGUGAUGAUCCGAUCGAAAAAGAUCUGGAACAUUUUAUCGAUCCAGAAGCGAAGCUGUGUGACAUUAUCUCAAAGUGGGAAACAGCGUUACGAGAGAAAGGUUCGGGAAAGUUCGAGAAUACUAGAGUGAUACAAUUGACGUACAAAUCUCGUUGUUACUGGCGGCAAGCUGCUAAAAUGGAAACGGACAAAGAGAGGCUCUUAUUGUGUUAUCAAGUGAAUCAACAAGUUGUGCAAGGAAAGUUUCCGCUAAAUCGUGAACUUGCUUUUGAACUAGCAUCGUUGAUGGCACAGAUUGAUUUUGGAGAAUACAAUAAUGAUAAAGCACGUGGAAGCGGCCCUGGAAGCAAUCCACAUCAUCUCGUACUCCAAGCUCUGGAUAAAUUUUAUCCAUUACGCUAUCGAGCUAACAUUACCGCUGAUCAAUUAAGGGAAUUGCAGGAGAAGCUACAGGAAAAGUGGAUCGCUUUAAAAGGACGUAGUGUAUUGGAUUGUGUUCGUAUAUAUCUUACAUGCACCAGAAAGUGGCCUUUCUUUGGAGCUACCCUGUAUCAAGCAAAGUUGAAGCAAGGCGAUCCUGUGACAGUUUGGAUAGCGGUUUCUGAAGAUAGUGUAACGUUGCUUGAAUUACAAACAAUGGCUGUCAUGUGCCGGUAUAAUUAUGCAAACAUAGUAACAUUCGGUGGCUGUUUGGAUGAUUUUAUGCUCGUCGCUUGCCCGGACGAGGGUGCAGCUGAACAAAAAUUGUUGUUCGCACUCUCUAAACCCAAAAUUUUGGAAAUAACAUUAUUGAUCGCUGAUUAUAUGAACGCGCUGGGCCACGCAUUACCGGGCACUCCACAAAUGAAUACUCUAACACGCAAUGGAUCACACCGGUCCAUCAAAUCCACUCUAAGACCUGCGACUGGUUCAAGCUGUCUUCCAACUCAACCUGAUAUAUUGAAAUCCACGCCAGAUCACCAAAGACCUUAAAAUGUCGUAUCGCGUUAAUUUUUUGGAAAGACAAUGAGAAUAUAUUUCUUGGAUUCGCACCAAGAUCUGAUUGCGAUAAAUAUUGUCGUUUGUAUCAUAUAAAAGCAGCGUAACAGUGCAGUAUUAGUAUCGUACACUGCGAUGUGCGGUGCGUUGUUUUUUUUUUCCCCUGAGAAGUCGCAACCUUCAUGUUUACGUUUGUAUGUGCAUGUAAAUUAAUAUCGACGCUUACAAGAAUGUAUCUGUGUAAAUAUUUAAUAAUAAGCGUAAGAGCUACGAACCACGAACGACCAUACUGAUGAUUAAAGAGCGGCUGAAAUCGAAUCGAACACUAAAAUCGAUCUGUAACACUGCCUAAUUUAGUAUGUGCGAUUACACAUCGAAUAGUUUCAUCCAGCGGCUACGUAAGUAACAAGUUGAGACUUUUGCUACGCAUUUAUAUAUCAAAUUAAAAACAGAAACGAAAAAGAAUGCGUAAAAUAUUGCGUAAUAGUGAUGUAUUUACAUCGUAUCGUGUAUAUAUUAAUCAAAGUUAUUAAAUGUUUAGGAGUA